GUAAUUAAUCAUAGUCUUUUAAAAAGUAUAAAUAUUGCAAUUAUUUUAAAAUGAAUUUAUUUUCUCAAUCUAAAUUAACAUUAAAAUUAAAAAAGCAAAACAGUGACAGUACAUUAUCUACUGAUCCUACAAAUAAAUCCCAAGAUUUAACACCAAGUAAUGCUGUAAAAUCUGAAUGUAAUAAUGUACUAAAUAAUAGUGUAUUAUCAGAAAAUGAUAGUUUUGUAGAAAUAUUACAUACUAUUCGUCCUCAGGAUGAAAAAGUAACUAUGUCACAAAAUAUUUUUAAGACAUCUUCAGUUCAAAAUGUAUCUGAUGUCAUUACUGAAAGUAAACAAUGUCCAGUUUGUUUACAAAUGUUUGAUAUCAAACAUUUUAUUAACCAUGUUAAAUCUUGUGGUAUAUCACAUAAUUUAUCAUCUGAAGUACUUAUAAAAGCUGUGGAUCUUCAAGAGCGUCAAGCAGCUGAAAGAGAAGCACUAGGACUACCUAAAUUAUCAAAAAGUAAAGAUGUAAAAAUUAAAAAAAAGUGUAAUAAACAAACAAAGUUAAAGAUAGGGAGUGAUUCUAAUUUUGAUUUGGCUGUUGCUAUGUCUAUGUCCUUACAAGAGUCUAGAGAAGCAGAAAUUAUUAAAGAAUCUGAAAACCUUUUAGAAGCAGGCUUAGAAACUGAGGCUAUAGAAAAAAGAAAAACAUUGGAAAGCUUUGGUUUUAUAUCAAAUCAACCAAUUAAAUCUAAAUCUAAAAAUUUUUAUAAAACCAAUUCUUUGUUAUUCAAACAAACUCAAGAAGAUCGCCAGAAAAGAAUUACUGAAAAAGUAGCAAUGAUUCUUAUAGAUUGUGAUACUCACACAUUAUCAUCAGAAACAUCUUUAAAUGAUUGCCCCGAUAUAAAAUUAAGAUCCAAAUAUUUAAAUAAAAUAAGAAAUACUGAAUGUAAACUCUGGAAAAAAACAUUACUUGAAGAAAAUAAUAUAUUUGAAUUUUAUGUGAAAAAUGUAUCAAAGUUUUUAAGCCCUAUUGAAGAAAGCAAUGGUUUACAAAAUAGUGUUCUAUUUUCUGCACAUCAAAAUUCUUUAAAACAGGAAUCAAAUAUUACUGAUCAGAAUGUCAUCAAUACAUCACUUACAGUUUUGGAUGAUUUAAAAGUUCAUAAUAAAGAUUUUGCACACCAUAACAUUGUUGAGAAUAAAACUAUGCCAGAAUAUUCAUCUAGGUGGAAAUCAAUGUUAGGUAACCAAUUUAUGAGUGAUGUUACUAUAUUUUCCAAAGAUGAACAUGAAAUUCCUGCUCAUAUUCUAGUGUUUCAUGUACAGUGCCCUGAUAUUUUAAAUGACAUAAUUAAAGAAGAAUCUGAUACGUGUAAAUCAAAAAAAAUGAUAAUGUGGUUUGAGUAUAGUUAUGAAGCAUGUAUGGCAUUCUUAGAACUAAUUUACUCUGGUCAAGAACAAUUAAUUAGUCCUGAGUACAAAAAGGAUUAUUUGCAAUUAGUAACAAGGUACAAUGUUCAAAUAGUUAUUAAUGAUGAUGAUGAAAAACAUGGAUGGUUUCCUGUAGAGCACGAUAACGUUUUAAAACGUAAAAGUUCAGAAUCAUACUCAUCUGAUAGUAAAAGAUAUAAAGCUCAUAGUCCUGAUAUGUUUUUGAUGGAUGAUACAAAUGAAGAAAUAAGUAAUAUGAAUUCCAAUUUUUUAGGAAGAACUGUGAAUGAUGAAAAAUCCUUAAGUGUGUUUAAAACAAAGCAGUGGUUGAAAAAUUGUAACCUAAGUCAACAUCAUAAUUCAUCAUUCACAGAAAAUUCAGAUAUUAAUAUUCGACCACAAAUUAAUUCACCAAUACAAAGUCCAACUCAUUCUUUUCAUAGUACAUCAACUGUACAUAUUCAAUUAACACCUACAUCUAAUCAAAUUGAUUAUAUUAUGGAUUUUGAAAAUAAUGAUGUACACAAUACCCCAUUAUUAGAUGUUAGAAGUGCAUCUCCUAAAUCAUUAUCAACUGAUGAAUCAAGCGUAAAAGCUAUCUUAAUGUUGAAUAACAUCAAAAAAGUCCCUAUUGAUUUGAAAAAUUCUUCAAACAUAAUGUCAACACUUAAUAAUUCACGUAAAGAACCAGAAUUAAUUACAAUCAUUAGUGAUAGUGACAAUGAAUCAAUAGAUAUGGUUUUGUCUCGUUAUAAUAGUCCAUUGCGUGAUAGAAAUAUUAAUUUAUUGAAUGAAAACAAAUGUACACCUUUCUUAGCAAGUGUUAAUAAAAAGAAAAAUUAUUUUCCAUACAACUCAGUUAAUAAAAGUAAUGAUAUAAGUGUUAUUGAGUUAAAUGAUAGUAGUUUAGAUUCAAUUCAUUCAAUUAAUACAAAUAUAUUACAUCAAAAACAUUGUAAUACUAAAUUGGACAAUGUCUUGAUUAAUAAGUCAACUAUUUCAACACCAAGAUCUACAACAUUAAUACAAUUGAAUGAUGAAAGGAUCGUAGUUCCCAGUGAAACAAGAUUCACAAAUAGUUCUAAUAUUCAAAUGGAAUCUUCAAGUAAUAACAACUUUAUAGAUUUAAUAAAUGAUAGUAGUUCAGAUUCUAUUGCUGUUAUUGAUAAAAUAAAAAAUAAUAGUUCUAUGGCAUCAUUGUCAUUGAAUAAUACUCAACAAAGUUAUCGAAAUUCUUCAGCUCCCUUUUCAAAUGUGUCAAGGAAAAUAAGUUCUCCAAUUCACGACAGUUUAACUACUCAACUUGAAACAAAUAAUUGUGUAUCAUAUGUAUCACCAUUUAAGGAAGGUAACACAUGGUCAAAAUAUAAAUUUCCAAUCACUGAUGGAGAUUAUUAUGCUAAUAUUAAUACAAAAACAAAUGAAGAUUUGUAUUCAACAAAUGUUUCAAGCAAUGCAACUUUACCUAAAUGUAGUAUUUCAAAAUUAUUAUCUACUGAAAAAUUAAUUCAAUAUAAUGAUAUGUCAUCUACAAUUUUAAACACUAUAAACUGUACACAAAUAAACAAUGUAGAAAACAAUGAUAAUAUUAUUAAUAGUAUAUAUUCUAAUGAGAAAAAUGUUUUGGACAAACCUAAUUCAGAUUUUGAACCGUUGGAAAAUAUUAUAUCAAAAAAAGAUGUAAUAUUACCUUCCAAUAAUUAUGUUGAUUCCCUAGUAAACAUAAAAGAUGUUGAUUUAACAACAAUUUGUUCAUCAAGCGAAUACACGCACACUUCUUUUAAACCUUAUAAUUCUCAAGUUGAAACUGUUCAACUACCAACUACAUCUGAAAUAACUGCAUCAAAUGAAAAAGAUGAGGAGAAUGAUAAAUCAACCUUUGAACAAAUAAUUGAUGAUCCAUGGAUGGACUAUAAUGAUUGGCCACCGGUUUAUAUUAGUCCACAAAAUGUUUCUCCAGUUUUAUUGGAAAAAAAUUCUAUGGUAAAUGACUCUAAAGUAUUAACAUCCCCUAAAACGGUAAUGAUUAACAUGGAUUUACAAACUUCUCCACCAACUAUUUCAAAUAAUAUUGAUAUAGUAAAUCAUCAAAUGAAAAAUGCAGUAACACCAAAUAAAUAUGGCAGUAGAAUAAGUACCCCAAAAAGUUUACGUAGGGUUCAAUCAGAAUCUAUUAUUGGAACUAAUGAACAAAUAACGCCUCUACCAAAUUAUAGUACAAUGAAAACACCAGAUUUAAGAAAAGAAUUUGAUCGUUAUGGUCUUAAAGAUCUGGGAAGACGCAAAGGAAAACUUAUAUUAAGACAUAUUUAUGAUAUAAUUCAUCCUAUACGUGAUUCUGAAGAAGCAAAAUGCAUUGGAGAGUCUGAACAGUUUUCUGAUUCUUCAAAUAGUUCAGAACCCGAAAUUUCUUAUUAUGAAGCUGGAGCUUAUGAUGAAUUGGAAUCUUUUAGUCAAACAAAUUUAUCAAGUAAAACUUCAGUAGAUGUGGGUUUUAAAGAUUUGCUUAAAUCCAAUGCAGAACUUCAUAAAAAGAUUUUAUGUUAUGAGCCCAUUUGGAUUGAAGAGCUGAAAGAAGAUUUAAAACAGUAUAAUGUAAACAUUAGUAUGCAAAAACUCAUGACAUUUUUGGACGAUAAAUGUGUGUCAUUUCGUUCAAAGUCAUUAAAUGAUCAGAGGAAAAAAUCAGUAGCAAAAAAAAGUACUAAAAGAAAAAAAUUAUUUUAAUUUAUUGAAUGAUAACUGUGUUCUUAAACUUAACUUGUUUGUAUAAUAUUGGAGUAAUAAAAAUAAUUGUUAUUUUA